AUGAUUUUCCUUUCUCUUCGUAAAAAAAGGCAUCUCGAACGAGCGCGCAUGGCGCUUGAAGUUGAAAAUGGAAUGUCAAGCUCUGAACGAAAGUCAGACGUAAACAAAUAUUGGGUCGAUAUACAAGGUGAACGUUAUUUACAAGUUGAAGAUGUAACCUACGCUCUUGGUUAUCUAAAAGAGGAUGAAGCUGAUAAGGAGUCAGUAGUGGAAGAACAAACUGAACUUAUGUACAAAGAAAAUACGAUAUGGACAGCCAUAUUUAAUGCAGACAAGGUUGCUAUUGAUGAAUUGAUUCAUCGUGAUCCGAAUGUUGUUGACACGAGAGGAGCCGUGGGUGAAUGCCCCAUUCAUAUGCUAUUUCUAUAUGGAACAGAAGCACAUCUCGACAUUGCACGAGAUCUUCUUAUACGAUUUCCACUCAUCGCCACACAAAUUUACAAUAAACCAAACUAUUAUGGUGAAAACAUUCUUCAUCUUGCUAUUGUUAAACGUGAAGCAAAUAUGGUGGACUGGUUACUUAGCCAUGCAAGUUUGGAACCUUACAAACAUGGACUAUUAGCAGCUAGAGCUACAGGUGACUUCUUUAAAAUAGAUCAACCAUCUUAUUAUGGUGAAACACCAUUAGGGUUCGCUUGUUGCACCAAUCAAUGGGAUAUGGUUGAAAUUCUUCUCAAGCAUGGAGCAGAUAUGGAUUCGAUGGAUAGCAAUGAUAAUACAGUGCUACAUAUGCUUGUUGUUUGCAAUCUACCGAAUAUGUAUACUAAAUUCAAAGCACGUUGGAUAGAACGACACGCAGCGAAGCACAAGAAAAUAAUUAUCACGUCAGAAACAUCAGAGUUGCCAAAAUUAUGGAAUCGUUUAAAUAAAGAUGGUUUAACACCAUUGACUCUAGCGGCUGAUCUAGGUCGAGCAAAAAUGUUAUCGUGGCUAUUGCAAGAACGUACCACAAUUCAAUGGUCAUUUGGAAAUGUUUCAUGUGUAUUACAUCCUCUCGACCAGCUUGAUCUUGGUUUUCACGAAAAAAACAAAAAACGAUCUCUAAGUGUCCUUGAAGUAAUGGUUAGAAAAAAUAAUUCAGCAUUAGUAGAUCCUAUUAUUACAUCUUUAACGGAAAAAAAGUGGAAACAUUUCGCUUAUCGUAUACUUAUAAGACGAUUUCUUAUUGCGUUUCUAUAUCUACUUGUUUUUCUUGGCACUACAAUUUUAGAACAAACGCGCUCUGAUGUGAAAAUAGAUGAAAACGUUGAAAAAUUAGCAACUAAUGACGAACAUUCGGAGAUGAUUCGCCGUAUCGUAUGUACGAUAGGCCAUGCGAUUGUUGUAACGGGUGCCAUAUUGAAAAGUGCGCGUGAAAUAGGUGAAAUGUGUAGUAUGGGUUUCAAGAAUUACGUGAGCACAACAGGAUCUAUUUUUCUUGAAAAUCUUCUGGCAUCGACAUUUUGCCUUGGUAUUUUCUCUGCUCAAAUUCUUCGUCUAUCUAAACUGCCGGAAUAUGAAUCUCUCGUUCUUGCGUUUACUUCUCUCGUUGGAUGGGGUUAUAUGUUUUUUUUUACUAUGCCAUUUCGAUUUACUGGCCCAUUUGUUAUUAUGAUCUAUAAAAUGUUGUUCAAUGAUGUCCUUCGUUUCUGUAUUAUUUAUACAAUCUUCCUCACUGGCUUCUCACAAGCAUUCUUCAUUCUAUUCAAUGAAAAUGGCUUUGGAGGCUUUUUAUCCAGUAUCAAACAAUGUUUUUUGUGCUUAUUGGGUGAGUUCGAUUUAGAUUAUUAUAUCGAAGGACAGCAUCCAUUGCCCAGUGUUAUAUUGCUUAUCUUCCAUAUUGUGGUUAUCACUAUUCUUUUAUUAAAUCUGCUGAUUGCUAUGAUGGGCGAUACAUAUGCUGAUGUGAAAAAAAGUGCAAGAAAGUUAUGGCAUCUCGAACGAGCGCGCAUGGCGCUUGAAAUUGAAAAUGGAAUGUCAAGUUCUGAACGAAAGUCAGACGUAAACAAAUAUUGGGUCGUCGUAAAAGGCGAACGUUGUUUACAAGUGGAACAAGUGGCUGAUGAUCGUUCUGAUUUGAAUGAAGGAAAAGCGGAAGAUGAUUAA